UGCCCGGGUGCGAGGCACGUGUGCGGCCCCGGAAGCGCCUGCGGAGCUGGGAAGCGCAGCCCGGGCGGUCCGGCCGCCAUGGAGCCCCUGCCUGAGCGCGCGCGCCGGCCCGGGCCCCGCUGGCUCCUGCUGCCGCUGCCGCUGCUGCUGCUGCUGCCGCCGGCCCCGGGGCUGGGCCCGCGCCGCGCCCGCGCCGAGGAGAGCGACUGGGUCCGCCUGCCCAGCAAAUGCGAAGUGUGUAAAUAUGUCGCCGUGGAGCUGAAGUCGGCCUUCGAGGAGACUGGCAAGACCAAGGAGGUGCUUGACACCGGCUACGGCAUCCUGGACCGGAAGGCCUCCGGGGUCAAGUACACCAAGUCCAUGUCAGAGCACCCAGACCAGAUGACCUAUCUUCCUUCCAGCUCUGACCUCCCGUUGGUGAGAUGCGCAGGCGCUGGGGCAGCAGGGCUGGAGGGACGGACCACGGACCCACGCGGGCGGGGAGGGGGACUCAGCCCCGCGCGCUGCUGUCUCCACAGGGACUUGCGGUUAAUCGAGGUCACCGAGACCAUUUGCAAGAGGCUCCUGGACUACAGCCUGCACAAGGAGAGGACCGGCAGCAACCGGUUUGCCAAGGGCAUGUCCGAGACGUUUGAGACGCUGCACAACCUGGUCCACAAGGGGGUCAAGGUGGUGAUGGACAUCCCCUACGAGCUGUGGAACGAGACCUCCGCAGAGGUGGCGGACCUCAAGAAGCAGUGCGACGUGCUGGUGGAGGAGUUCGAGGAGGUGAUCGAGGACUGGUACCGGAACCACCAGGAGGAGGACCUGACGCAGUUCCUCUGCGCCAACCACGUGCUGAAGGGCAAGGACACCAGUUGCCUGGCAGAGCAGUGGUCCGGCAAGAAGGGGGACACGGCCGCGCUGGGCGGGAAGAAGCCCAAGAAGAAGAGCAGCAGGGCCAAGGCCUCCGGGGGCAGCGGCAGCAAACAGAGGAAGGAGCUGGGAGAGCCCGGCCCCGAGGAGGACGAGGGUGUCCAGCAGGCGUCCCCCCUCACACACAGCCCCCCCGACGAGCUCUGAGCCUCACCGGCAGCCGCUGAGCCCAGACUCCCGACGUGGAGGCUGAAGAAUCCGAGACUCGGCUCUGGCAGCCAAGACGGCGCCCCGGCCCGGUCCUCCCGCCGCGCUGGGUCCUCUCCGGCUCCGGAAGCACUCUCUCCCCCUCUGGCAGGCGUUCUCUCCUGGCGAGGCUGCAGGCGGGCGGGCCGUGCGGCCUCGGGGCUGCCGAGCGCAGUGUGGACUCGGGAGCGGCAGGUGUCGCUGGGCCCCGGGACUGGAGCCCGCUGGACCCUGUGGGGAGGGCACGCCUGCCCCCACCGCGAAGCAAGACUGCAGGCCCCAGCCCUCCUCUCUCUCAUCCUCCUGUGGACACCUUGUGCUCUGCCUGGCCCUCCCCAGGGCUCAGAGUAAAAGCCUUUGGCCUUUU